AUGUCACGCCCUUCACCAAAGUUACUACAUCUUACGGUAUCCGUUCCGGCUGAUAUCAAAGGUCGUCGGCGAAGCGGGAGCAUCGUCAAGGUCGAAGAAGUCGGUGGGCGUACAGAGGAACUUUUGGACCGUAGCGCGUACCUCAAUAUCAAUGCUAACUGGGUGAAUGCAAAGGGUGCAUGGCUCAUACACGUCGUUUUGGUCUUCAUGGGAAAGAUCAUUAUCGAUACUAUACCUGGUAUGACGCAACAAAUCAGCUGGACACUCGUUAACCUUAUAUACCUCAAUCUAUCGUAUCUCAUGUUCCACUGGGUUACCGGCAUUCCCUUCGACAACGAGCUCCACGGCGGCGCAUAUGACGAUCUCUCUCUCUGGGAGCAAAUUGAUGACGGCGCGCAAUAUACACCAUCUAAAAAGUGGUUAUUCACCGCACCUAUAUUACUUUUCCUGGCUUCGACACACUACACGAAUUACAAUCCUUGGCUAUUCGCUAUCAAUCUCACCGCUCUCAUCGUACUUGCCAUCAUCCCAAAACUCCCUCAGCUUCACAGACAACGCGUUCGUUUCCUUACAGGCGACGCCUCAGGCGUCUCAACGCCUGUCACGCCCUCCUUCCCGAGGAUGGAUCAGAAUCCACUACAUGCCACAAACCCAGCCGAUGCUCACUUCGGGUAG